AUGGAUCGAAACUACGAUCAGCGACGUACUACCCCACCAACAGAUUAUGGCUACUCUUCUACCUCGCGAGAUUUAUCCUUCUCUAGUCGCCACGACUCGGCCUCAUCCUCUUCCUAUGCAACAGAAAGAGAUUCCGGUUAUUCUUCUACUUCGCGAGAUUUAUCUUCCUCUAGCCGUCAUGAUAGAGACGAUCUCUCACAUGCUGCCUUUCGAGGACAAGUACCCUACAUAACUCCCAGAGAUUCGCGGCCUCCCUUGUUAGUAAACAAUCUUCCACAACAGGCUUAUGAUCGGAGACCUCCGUAUCGCAACUUGUCAAACUAUAAUUCAUAUCAGCGUAUGACUGGCCCAUCUCCGCGAGAGUUUUCUGGGUCAUUCAAUAAUACUUCUUAUUCACGCGGACAGGCGUAUCAUAACUCCUAUCAGAGACCGCCUUUUGGCAAUAAUUCAUACAAUGCUCCUCCUCCUCAUAGAACCCAGAAUAAUUACUAUCCACCAGCUAAGCCAAUGCAGAUUAUUUCAUAUGCACCUGAAUACGAGGACAAGAUGGCCAGAUACAGAUUGGAAGGACAACGACUGCGUGAGUCGGAAAUAACUCUGGAUGCAAGCGUACGGAAAGCUGAAUGGGAGCUGCAGAAAGCUGAAUGGGAAUUGGAAAAGGAAAAGCACAAGACCAGCCUGGCUACCAACAUGAUAGAAAAGCUGGGAGGUGUAGACGGUUAUGAAGAGGCUGUCGAGUCGUCAUGA